AUGGUCUACCCAGGUGGACCGAGCAAAGGGUGCUACACAUGCCGUGCUCGCAAAGUCAAGUGUGACGAGGCAAGACCUGUCUGCAAGCGAUGUGUCAAAGGAAACCGCGUAUGCGGUGGAUAUCGCAAUCUCAACAACAAGGGAUCGAGCAGGAAGCGCUCUGGCCAAGAGGACCCAAUGGCCAAACUGCUUGCAAAUCUCCCAGUAUCCACGGCCGCUAAUUCAGGUCACCUCCCCUACCAGGAACGCGACAAUAUAUGCGCAUUCAUCAAGCUAAUCGCUCGUCUUCCGCAGGGACGGGGGUUACAUGGAGGCCUUCUAACAGCCGUUCCGCCCGUCCUUGCUGAGCUGGAACAGUCCAUAAUCGCUUCGUCACCACUGCCAUCCGCGUUGUCAGCAUUGUUUUUAACGUUCGUCUCAGACAAGAGCGACGUGAAGGAUCACGGCACUUUGACCGAAGCGAUGGCAUGCUACGGCAAAGCACUCCAGCUCACUCGUCAGUUGAUGGAGCAUCUCGAUGAACAGAGGAGAUGUGAGCUCGUUAUGACCAUUUUCGUCCUCGCGAUGUACGAGGACUUGAACAGUGAAGACCAUGCUAGGCCCACGUCAAAUUCCCACCUGGAAGGGGCAAUGGCUUUUGUCCGGUCACAAAAGUGUAGAAGCUUCGGCGAGGACACCACCCGAAAGAUAUACAGUGCAUUGCUGACCAGAGCUCUCUUUACCUGCUUCGACGACAUCAAAAGCGAUACCCCCUUCAUAUUCACCCUUAACGAUCUCCAGCUCCUUCACCACGGUUUAGCGACCGAAAAAGUCACCGACUACCUCAACCUCUACAACUCCGCGCUUCUCAUCAUCCACCUGCAACUCCGUGAUCUCGAACGAGAUGCCUGGCCAUCAUUCCCUUCCAACGGCGUCGUGGCUGCCGCCGGUGCCACAAGAGCCAACUCCCUCCUCGCAGCCAUAACCUCAAUCGAAUAUCAAAUGAGCGAGUGGCCGAGUACCCUCCCCCCAGAAUCUAAAUAUGUUACUACCCAGCUGUCUUCAGAAAAGAACAUAGAUCUUUGGACGAGGACUGCCUAUAUAUAUCCGACUCUUGGGGCGGGAUAUGACUGGUCGCGGUACCGCAUGCUUCAGAUACUGGCCCACAGCCUGCGUCUGCGAGCAUACAGGCUCCUCGCUAAUUCAUUAUACGGGCACUGUCUUGUGCUUCCGAACACGCAGCUAGCCGACAUAGCUAGCGGCACAGCGAUGACCCAUAGCAAGAUUCGUGCGCUUGCACAUGACACCUGUGCCUCACUGCCGUACCAUCUUGGGUAUAGAACAAGUCCAGGCUCUGAACGACGCUAUCCGAGUGAGGCCUUGCCUGAAGGGAAAUACCCGCGCCGCCUGUCGGCGCUUCACAUUAGUUGGGCGCUGUACGUGGCCGGGAUUGCGGAAGGAAUUGACUCUGCACAGAGAUUCUGGAUAUCACAUCAGCUGACCAUCAUGAAUCGCGAGAUGGGGAUAGGAAAGGCCGCCGUGCUAGCAGAACUAGUCAGGAGAGCUGCUGCCUUGGAAACCCAAAACGUGGCCUGA